GCCCCGCACCGCCCCGGCCCUUCAUAAGGCAGCAGAGCCGCCGGUGGCUCCACAGCGCCCGGCACCAUGGCCGCCUUCGGCCUCCUCCUCCUCCUCCUCGGCACGGCUGUGGCAGACCUGAAGCCCCAGCAUGAGCAACUGAUCCAGCAAUCCCACGAGAUCCAGCAGUUGCAGCAGGAGGAGCAGGACUUCCAUCUGUCCCCCAACAUCAUCGCAUCGGCGGGGGCUGACGACAUCCCGUACCCGCGGGCGCCGUCGCACGCCUCCACCUGGGGCAGCGUCCUGGAUGGCUUCCCCCCCGCCUGGCCCCUGCCUGACGACCUCAGCCGUUACUGCAGCGGCCCCUCGCUGAUCCCCCGUGCGCCCCGGCCCUCGCUGCCCCCUGCUGCCUUUGCCCACCUCCGCAGGCAGGUGGCUGCACUCGACAGCUUCUGGCCUCGCCUGGACAGCUGCUGCCAGCACCAUGCCCCGCUGCCCUGCGCCCGGCGGGCGUGGACCGAUGUCCUGGACACGUUCUGCGAGGAUGAAUUUGGGGUGAAAACACGUCAGUUCCACUGCUGCCAUCAGCACGGGGCUGCGCGACGCCGCUGCUUCGCCAAAGCCACCGUGGGCACCACUGAGAUCGCCGAGAUCACCGAGAUCACCCUCCUGGAGCCCGUGGUCGUGCCAUCCUUCCCACCCGGCGAGCCCAACGCCGCCAACAUGGAGAACAUCUGUCGCCUGCGGGGGCUGCGGCCCAGCCCCAAAGGCCUCCCUGGGCCCCGGGCACGAUUCCACAGCCGCCUGGAGCGUGACUUCGGCCGCUGCUGCCACAACAGCAGUCUGGAGUGCGCCCACACUGCUUGGCAGAAGGGAUUGGAGCGCUUCUGCCGGGAGGAGGGGGCUGUGAAGACCCGGCAGCACCGCUGCUGCAAGAGAGGGUUGGGCCAAGCCCGGAGCCGCUGCUUCGCCACCGCCGCCCCCCACCCUGCCUACGACCAAGAAGUGCACAACAUCAGCCUGGCCCGGCCCGGCCCCGCCAUGCUGCGCACCCUCUGCGGACCCAUCCGGCUGCUCAGCAAGCGACGCCCGGUGCCGGAGCUGCUGGAAGCGGUGACCACCACGUGCUGCGCGCUGCCCCAGGACGAGCGGAGCCCCUGCGCCGAGGAGCAGCUCUCUCAGCAAAUCGAUGUCCUCUGCGCUGCCUCACGCAGCUCCUGGCGCGACCCCCGUGGCUGCUGUGCGUGGGGGGGGCGCGAGAGGCUGCGGUGCUUUGAGGAGGAAUACCUGGAGGGGGUGACGCUGGGAGCUGCCAUUCCCCCCCCCCCCCUCGGGCCGGCGCCCUUAAAAUCCCGCUGUGUCACUGUUUGUGGAUCGGGGUGGGACCUGGCUGGCACCCACGCGCGUCCGGGGCGCUCUGUGGACCGCGGGUGCUGCGUGCUGCACAUGGCCUCGUGUCCCCAGGGUGCGCACAGGGCGUCCCCACGUGUGGACAACACGGGGCCUUUGCCCCUCCCCACCCGCACAGUGAUCCCUUGA